UGGCAACACUGAAAGAAAAUAAAAACUUAGAAUGUAUAUAUUUGUGUUCUGUGAUUUUACCUUUAUUUAGUUUUUUUUUAUUUAUGUAGUUUUACACUUUUCUCAUAUAAGUAAAUCUUUAUUUGGUGUAUUCCGUAUUCAAAACAGAAUGGCAAACUAUUUAAAAAUUACUUACUUACAAGACAAACAAGAGGAUCUAAAGGUGAAUGAUUAUCAAUUUAGAAACAAACCGUUUCCAAUAAGUCCGAUAUAUGAACUCCAAGUGGACACUUUUGAGCUGUUAACACAAGGUGAAAAUGUCAAAAGAGUCUAUAAGCUGAAUUUUCAGGAAAAUAAGGAAGUCAAACAUGACUACUUUCCAGGAGAUGUUAUAGCUAUACUACCUGAAAAUGAUCAAACUGAAAUUAAUGAGUUGUUUAAGAGGCUUAAUUUAACAGAUCAGUGCAAUAAAUAUUGUAAAUUAGAUCUAACAGAUGAUGCAGGCAAGAAGAGCAUUCCGAAACAUUUACCUACACAUCAUGUGACUUUAAAACAAAUUUUUUUGAAAUAUGUUGAUGUAAGAAGUGUCCCCAAAAAGCUAUUUUUAAAAGCCCUAAUCAAACACACAUCCGAUCAACCUGAUAUAGAGAAGCUGCAACAAAUCUGUUCUCCUUCAGGUUCAUCAUUUUACUUAAAAUUUAUUGAGGAAAAUCGCAGUUUAUUGUUUCUAUUAAAUUGCUUUCCAUCUUGCAAUCCCCCAAUUGAAUUAAUACUAGAACACUCGACACCUCUAAACCCUAGAUAUUUCUCUACUGCCACAUCACCAUUAAACAGGCAACUAUCAAUUAUAUUUGACGUUUUAGAACUGCCAAAGGGCUUAAAAGGGAUUUGCUCAGGAUGGCUUGAAAUGAUUUUAAAAGAGAAUAAUAGAACAACAAAAAUUCCAGUAUAUUUCCGCAAACCUGGCAAUUUUCGUUUGAAACCCAAUAUUGAUAAACCAAUAAUGUUAAUAGCAACAGGGACUGGAUUGGCCCCAUUUAUAGGAUUUCUAGAUCAUUUUAGAUUGAUGGGUUCUCAUCCAGAGAUAUGGAUGUUUUAUGGUUGCCGGUAUGUUGAUAGAGACUUUAUAUGUAAGGAAUUGUUGCAAUCUUAUGCAAAUGAUGGCAUCAUAAAGUGCUUAUUUACAAGCUUUUCCAGGGAUAAUGAGCAAAAGGAGUAUGUUCAGCAUAAGAUAUUAAAAAACAAAGAGGUGGUGAUUGAUUUUAUAACAAACAAAGAGGCAACUAUUUAUGUUUGUGGGGAUCAAAAAACCAUGGUGAAAGAUGUCAAGGAAACACUAGUAAAUUGCUUUAUGGACUGUAAAAAUGUUGACAGGACUGAUGCGGAGAGGGUUUUAAGUGAUUUAGUGCAAAACGGGAAGUUUCUUGUUGAUACUUGGUCUUAGAAAUAAAUAUAUUUCAUUUGUGUUAAUAUAUUUAAUUAUUUUAA